UCGUUCUGCCUGUAACUUAAGGACACGCCUCUUCGCCGAAUGGAAAGGACCGCGCCAUAACGUAAAGUCCUAUCUACGUAGGAUGAACAGUUACAUUUUUUAUUAUAUAGCAUUUUACAUAACAUAUUAUUGUACGUUUAAUCCAUGCCAGAAACUAUGACGCGAGAAGAGGAGUUAAUUCGGAUUGCAAAAAAACUGGACAAGAUGGUGUCUAGAAAUAACACGGAGGGUGCCCUGGACCUGCUGAAUGAACUGAAGAGCUUCAACAUGACGCUGAAACUUCUGCAGGAAACGAGGAUCGGCAUGUCUGUGAAUGGAAUCAGGAAGCACUGCACAGACGACGUGGUCGUUUCCCUGGCCAAGAUCCUCAUCAAGGACUGGAAGAGACUGCUGGAUGCUGCACGUACUCAGAGUACUGAGAGGCCCAAUGAGAUGAAGAAUGGGGUUGACUCCAACAAAGCCACAGGGUCCUCAGUCAGGUCCCCUUUAGAGAAAGACACCAGGAGAGAUUCUUCAGACACUCUGUCUCCUUCUCAUCCUCGUCCCACCCCUCCGUCCAGAUGUCACUCAGUGAAGGUGAAGAAAGAGAGAAAGGACUCCACUGACUCCAAGCACAGUCUUUCUGUGAAACGUCAUUCGACUGACUCCAAAUCAGACAGGAGGGACUCUAUGGGUUCCAAGACUAGCAGCUCACCCUCAGCUAAGAAGCUCCCUAGUGAGACGAAAGAAUCUCAUGGCUCCAAGUCCUCUCACCCUGGCCCUCUGCAGAGAAAGUCCUCAACGGACAGUAUUGAACGGAGAAAGAAAGAGAUGCCAAAGAUCCCCACCACCCCCACCAGUCCCAUGUCCCCCUCCUUCAGCUCAGCAGGGGUUCCCCUGUCCCCUUGCCUGGCCACUGGAGAAACCAUCAGGGACAAAUGCAUCGAGAUGCUGGCUGCAGCUCUACGCACAGAUGAUAACUUCAAAGAAUUUGGGACAAACUGUGACUCAAUGGCAGCAGAAAUUGAAGAUCAUAUUUACAAGGAGAUGGGAGCCACAGAUAUGAAGUAUAAAAACAGGGUGCGGAGCCGCAUCAGCAACCUGAAGGACUCCAAAAACCCUGGGCUGCGGAGGAACGUCCUGGCUGGAGGCAUAGAGCUGAGACGCUUCGCCAUCAUGUCUGCUGAGGAGAUGGCUAGUGAUGAGCUGAAGCAGCUGAGGAACAAUCUGACUAAGGAGGCCAUUAGGGAACACCAGCUGUCCAAAACCAGCGGUACCAUUUCUGAUCUGUUUCAGUGCAGCAAGUGCAAAAAAAAGAACUGCACCUACAACCAGAUGCAGACCCGCAGCGCUGACGAGCCUAUGACCACUUUUGUCCUCUGUAACGAGUGCGGGAACCGCUGGAAGUUCUGCUGAUGUGGCCCAGCUCCAAUGAAGAUGUUGCAGACCACAUUUUUUCUAUGAGGGGUUAUAAUGUUUAGCAAUGAGUAAUUUUACAAAAACAAAAAUGAAUACUUACAAUUUACUUUUUAAGAUGGGCUCCCGAGUGGAACAGCGGUCUAAGGCACUGCAAGAGGCGUCACUACAGUCUCUGGUUCAAUUCCAGGCUGUAUCACAUCUGGCUGUGAUUGGGAG